UCAGAGGAGCGGAUGAAAGAAUGAUUGAACAUGUGCCCUGAACAAUAAGCAGCAUCAAGUGGAACAAAAUUUGAGGCUAUUAAAUGUUCUCCAUGGCAUUCAGAUAAACGAAUCUAUACUGAACCAAAGCUUUUAUUGCGGAUUAAACUAUUUGUACAGGGAACUACGAAGAGGCAGCUCUUAAUUCUUCCAUUGCAGUAACUACUCAUCAGGAUGAACUGCAGCAGCAACAUCACAGAGCAAAAACAUCUUAACCUUUUCCAAAUGAUUGUUUACAUCCCAGUUAUCUUUUUUGGAGUCCUAUUUAAUGUCAUUGCCUUCUGGGUCUUCUGCUGCAAACUGAAAAAAUGGACGGAAACCAGAGUGUACAUGAUCAACUUGGUCAUUGCAGACUGUUCUCUGCUCUUCACCUUGCCUUUCAUUAUGUAUUUUCACAGGACUAGACAGGACAUCAAUAAACUGUGCUAUGUCAUACAGACUAUAUAUUUUACAAACAUGCCUGUAAGCAUCUAUAUCAUUACCCUCAUAGCAGUUGAUCGAUUCAUUGCAAUAAAGUACCCCCUGAAAGCAAAGAGUUUCAGAUCCCCAUUAAAGGCAGCUCUUAGCUGUGGAUUUCUUUGGAUAACAAUAAUCACUUAUGCAUAUCUCAACCCACGAUUUAACGAAAAAACAGGAAACAUUUGCUUUCAGAAAAAUUCUGAUGAUCCUCUAGUAGCUACAUUGUUGUCAAGUAUUUGGUGUUUUUUUAUACCACUAGUAAUACUAAGCUUUUGUUCUAUUCAAGUCAUCUGGUGUCUGAAGAUGAAGAUGAAAAUGAGCUCACAUGAGGAAACAUCAGUCCAGAAAGCUCUCUGGAUUGUCUCUAUGAAUCUGUGUGUAUUUAUCAUCUGCUUUUUACCUUUUAAUGUCGGACUCCUUGUUAGAUAUAUAGUUGAUGCAGCUGGGGCUGCCUGCUCUGUACGCAAAAAUGCAACCAUUUUUAUUCGUGUGACUGCAUGUAUAGCAAAUUCUAACUGCUGUUUGGAUACACUUUGUUAUUACUUUGUAGCCAAGGAAUUUCAGGAAGCUUCUUCUCUGUUGCCUCCUUUUAAAUCUCUGCAGUCUAGAUCAAAUCAAAGCCAAGAGUCACAACUACAAAUGCGUAAGUGAAUACAAAAUAACGCAUGAUACAAAGGUGGAUCCACAGCUGGCAUAAAUUGAUAUAUUUCCAUUGGUGUGCCACAAAGUCUGUAAUUAUCCUGAGUAAUAGUCACAAAAACUUCCUCAAUGUGAACCUGAUUCUGAUCUCUCUUAUAAUCACCUUAUGCCACUCAGAUUCAAGUGAUUUCAGCAAGGUUACUUCUUAUUUACACCAAUGUAACUGAAAUUCCAAUCAGUGGCUCUCUUUGAAGCUCUGCAUGUGUGUAUUUUUACUGUCAUGUUUUCCCGUACAUAUAAAAUAUUAACUAGCCAACUAUACAGGAAAUUUUCUUGCAUUUGUACAAGGUUUGGUUAGCCUCUUGUACUUCUGUGUACAUGUUUGUAAUUAGACUGAUGCACUAUCAGAAUGUGAAUACUGAGAUGUGUAUCUUUCACAUUAUAUUGGGUUUGCUUAAUUUAUAAUAUGCCGUUUUUCUGCUGCUGUCAUCCAAAUAGCAUUUGAAGACUAAAGCUGCCAUAAGACUUUGGCUUAUCUGAGUUAGCUGACUUUAUCACCAACACUAGUCAAAUACAGGUGAUAUGAGUAAUAUUCAGUUUCUAUGGAAGAAGUUUAAAUGAGGGAGAUGUGAAAAGUGUUGU